AUGGGAGGAGCCAUGACCAAGAAGGCCAAGGACCAGGUGUCCUUGUGCCGUCAGACUGGAGGGACGGAGCUGAACCUGAGCGAUUGCGAGAUCAGGAAGCUCGGGUCGUUCAAGUCGAUCGUGCGGCUGAAGCUGCUCGUGCGGCUCAACCUGUCCCACAACUACCUGCAGGGCAUGCCGCCCACCGUCAAGAAGCUGGUCAACCUCGAGGAGCUGGACAUCUCCUACAACGAGAUCCACGUCCUCCCGUGGGAGCUCUACCAGCUGACCAACCUGCGCGUCCUCAUCACCGAGGGCAACGGCAUCACCGCCCUCCCGGCCCCGGCCAUCUCUCGCCUCGUCAAGCUCGAGACGUUGAGUGUGGCGGGUAACAGGCUGACGGGCCUGCCGGAGGAUUUUACGGGCCUGCACUCGCUGACGUCGCUGUCGCUGGCCAAGAACCACCUGGUCAAGGUGUUCCCGGAGGUGUUCCAGCUCAAGCAGCUCAAGCACCUGAACCUGUCCAUCAACCCGGGCCUCGAGGUCCCCGAGCGCUUCGGCGAGCUGCCCAACCUCCAGGUGCUGGAACUGACCGAGUGCGGCAUCAAGUCCCUUACAUCCGCCAUCGGCAACGCCACUUCGCUCACCAACCUUCGUCUCGACAAGAACGAGCUGACGAGUCUCCCGGACGAGCUGGCCAAUCUGUCCAAGCUGCAGAUACUCAACGUGAGCUUCAACCAGCUGACGGUGAUCGAUAACGUGACGUUCCGCAACUUCACCGCUCUCGAGGAAAUCCACGGGUCCAACAAUCGGCUCGACCAUCUCCCUCGCGGGCUGGGCCAGUGCAAAAAGCUCCGCGUCAUCGACCUUUCUCACAAUCAGCUCAAAUCCAUCAAUCGAGAGGUGGGUUGGCUGCACGCAACCAUUCGUAAGCUGCUCCUGGGCGACAACAAGAUCAAGACCGUGCCCGGCGAACUGUCGUUCCUCAAUCCAGCAGUCGACCUCGACCUCGGCAACAACCCGCUCGGGUCGCCGUUCGUCCAGUGGUACACGCAAGGAAUCAUCACCCUCAUGGAGAACCUUGCGCCCUACCUUCGCGCUUACCCGGCCCACUGCGUGGCGGAGGGCGACGCCCUGGCGGGCACGACGGCGGGAACACCCACCAUGUUCUCCAUCCGGGCGGCCGACUACCACGGCAACACGCGCCUCAACGGCGGUGACGAGUUCGAGGCGGUCUUCCGCGGCGUCGAUAAGGACAACAACCCCAUCGAGCAGAAGGCCGUCAUCAAGGACAACCAAGAUGGCACGUACACGGUGUUCUUCAACGCGACGGUGGCUGGCAAGUUUGAGCUUCACAUCACCGAGUCGGGCGAGUCGAUCGGCAACAGCCCGCUGCCCUACGUGAUCGAGCCCGGACGCGUCGACGUGAACGAGACCAUCAUAACGGGCGUACCUCCGAGCAGCGUGCCCGUGGGCAACCCCAUCCAGCUCUCCAUCACCGCGCGCGACCGCUUCCGCAACGCCACCACGCCCGACCAGCCGUUCCUCGUCACCGUGGCCACGCCUGGCGGUCAGGUCGCCAAGCUCUCCUGCCAAGCCACGUCGCCCAACGUCUUCAUGUGCGCCUUCACGCCAGCGUCGGCUGGCGAUCAUCACGUGAGCAUCCAGUACCAGGGUGUGCACCUGCCCGACUCGCCGUUCCUCGUCUAUGCCGUCUGA